AUGUCGUCAUACGAACCCCAGCCAUACCCAACUACCACCUUGCUAGCCUACAAAGCCGCCGCCAUCACCGGUGGCGUCACAGGUAUCGGCCGUGCCAUAGUCAAAGAACUAAUCCACCAAGGCGCCACCGUCUCCGUAAACCACCUUGACGACGCCUCCUCCAAAGAAUCCUUCGAUUCCCUAAAAUCCGAAAUCGCAGCCACCCUCCCAGACCCCACAUUAAUCGACACAAUCCUCAUAAACGUCCCCGGAGAUAUCUCCCAACCGGAAACAUCCACAGAAUUCAUCGCAAAGACAAUAGAGAAAUUUGGAAAGUUGGAUAUAUUCGUUUCUAACGCUGGGAUAUGUGAUUUUCAUGAAUUUUUGUCUUUGCCACCGGAAUUGUACCAGAAACAUCGCGCUGUAAAUAUGGAUGGGGCGUAUUAUUCGACUCAGGCUGCUGCGAAUGCUAUGAAGUCUUUCGGUAAAGGUGGGAGUAUCAUUGCUAUAUCUUCUAUUUCGGCAUUGGUUGGUGGAGCUGGACAGACACAUUAUACACCUACGAAAGCGGGUGUUCUGAGUUUAAUGCAGAGUGCAGCAUGUGCGUUGGGACAGUAUGGAAUCAGGUGUAACGCUAUACUACCGGGAGUCAUUCGGACGAGACUGAACGAAGAGGAUUUGAAAGAUGAAGAGAAGAGGAAGUACAUGGAGGGGAGAAUGGCUCUGGGAAGACUAGGGGAUCCAACCGAUAUCGCUGGACCCGUGGUGUUUUUGGCAAGCGACUUUUCCAGGUACAUGACUGGGGCACAGUUAUUAGUCGAUGGCGGUGCUUUUGUAAACUUUCAGUGA